AUGGCUGUUUUAUACACACUUUGGGACGAGCUGCUGUGGGUGGUCACGCCCACCAAACAUGGCGGCAUCCAAAUCCAAUAUGUCGACUACUGGAACCUCCUCUACCCGCUACCAAUGGCCUUGGGAAUGUUAUCGUUGCGCUUUUUACUCACACACUACUGUUUUGAGCCCUGGGGGAUCCACCUAGGCCUGAAAAAACGUAAAGUAAAGAAACUGGCGCCUAAUCCAGCGCUGGAAAGCAUCUAUUUCAAGCUAAAACACAUGCCUAAAGACCAGGUCGCAGGCGUGGCCAAACAACUCGACAUGAACGAACGAGAAGUCGAAAGGUGGCUCCGGCAAAGAAAACACCAAGACCGGCCGUCGGUUUUAUCGAAAUUUUGCCAGAAUUGCUGGCGGUGCACGUACUACACGUGUCUUUUCGUUUUUGGGUUGGCGGUACUGUGGGACAAGCCGUGGCUGUGGGAUAUCAGGGAGUGUUGGACCGGAUAUCCGGCCUCCUUGACAAUAACUGGCGACAUCUGGUGGUACUACAUGUUGUCGCUCGCGUUUUAUUGGUCUUUGGUAAUCGGCCAAUUUACACUUGACGUCAAACGCAAGGAUUUUUGGCAAAUGUUUGUCCACCACACCGCCACGCUCCUGCUUUUGAGUUUUUCGUGGUUGGCGGGAGUUUUCAAAAUCGGGACGUUAGUACUCCUGGUGCACGACUGUGCGGACAUUUUUGUCGAAGCGGCGAAAGCCGCCAAAUACGCGAAGUAUGAAACGACUUGUACAGCCCUGUUUACGUUUUUCGCCCUGGUAUGGAUUGUGACAAGACUGGGGAUUUACCCGUUUUGGAUCAUCAAACAGACUCUGCUGGAAUCCCCCAAAUACCUACCGAAUUUCCCGGCCUACUACACUUUCAAUAUCUUGCUGAUACUUUUACUAGGGUUGCACUGCUUUUGGACAUAUUUGAUCAUUAAAGUAGCAGUGGCGGCGUUUGGGGCGGGGCAAGUCGAGGGGGACGUGCGGUCGAGCAGUGAGGACGAAUCAGAUAAUUAAAUGACGUCACAAUAAAGCAUCACAGCCUACUA